AUGGCGGCCCGUACGAGUACAUUGUCAAGUGGCACUAGGCGAGUGCUGUAUAUGCCAAUGACUAUCCAGGCGAUUCCGUGUCCUCCCCCUAUCCUUCAGUCCGACUUCGAUGGCUGUCGAAUUCCGGGCGGCCUCGAGCUCUGGUCCAACGGGGGAUUUUAUUCGCCGGGAGAGUGCUUUGAGGGAUAUCGUGCCAUGUGCACCCAGACAUCUCCAGUGAGCAACGGCUGGCCUAUUCGACAUGAAGAAACAGUGGUGAGAUGUGUUCCAGACGGCUACGACUGUAACGACUCGACUAAAGAUCAGAAAUAUGCCGUGACCAAUUACGAUGGCACUACCCUGUCGGCACCGGCCUUUGAGAUCCGCUGGCGGAGUGCAGAUUUAGCACAUGGAGUCAGAACUACCGAGAUGUUUCCGCCUGGGAUUCCGACCCCAUUUCCGACGUCAACAAGUGAUUCAUCGACAUAUAAACUGAUUACUACUUCUUCAAAUAUAUUUGUCACCGCCCCUACUCCCACUUUGCCAAUCUCUUCCACGGUUGUGCAAUUCUCGUCAUCCAGCGUAUCAUCUUCACCCCCAUCACGGCCGAAUUGGGCUCUUACCCCCGGGACCAUUGCAGGAAUUGUAGUUGGAAGCUGCCUGGGGCUUCUAGCUGCGGCUUCGGCGAUUACGUUUCUCUUCUUACACCGCCGAAGGAAAACCCAAGGCCCAAGUCGGAUCACAGAUGACACAUGGUGUCAGCAAGGAGCACGCAAAGAACCCACCGAGUUGUCAGGCACCCAAUGCCCUGCCGAGUUGGAAGACAAGCCCAUGGAAUUGAGGGAGCUACAAGGAAAACCCCAACCCCAGCCAUGCGCCGAUACCGAACAACCUCCGCAUACAUCAUUGAGGGCGUGCCAUAUUAGCGUCAACAGCAUUCCCAUGGAAGUUGCAGCAGACCCGUCUCACUGA